AUGCCGGCAGCCGAUCUCGCCCCGCCGCACCUCGUCUCCCGACCUCCCUCGUCUGGCCAGUCACAUCAGGCAUAUCCAGAGUCCGAAGGUACGUUCAGCACAUGUCUACGCCCCCGGCCAACAAACCAGUCCCCCGGCGCACGCGCAUCAACGCUGUCGACGCCCGUACUGUACGCCAGCGUGCAUGUGCACACUCCCGACGCCACCCGGAUCCGAAUCACGCCCCUCUGGCAUCCGCCUGCCCGACGAGCGUUGUUGAACGGUGCCCAGGGCGGGCUGUGGCUGGAUGGGCGGGAAGCAGUGAGGUUGUCGGAGUCGGACGUGAAGCGAGGCGCACUGACGCGCAUCGCGCCACCGUUCCGGGAAUCUCUUGCCUCUGUUCCCCUGUGGGCGUGCAGAACUUCCAUGCGCGUCAUGCGCGUCCAAAUCGCGAGCCACACGCGAACUCCCCCCGACGAUCCCCUCGCAGAAGCCCCUCUGGCGGCACCGGCGCCCUCGACCGCCAACACAAUCUGCGAUUCGCCGACGCCGCCACGCACUGCCUAUGGCCAAUGA